AUGGUUAGCGAGUCUGACAUGCGACGACACACCGCUAUCAACCACGACUCGCUCACGAACCAGCUACCUUCCCGACCCGACUCGACAUCCGAUCUGCCCGCCCUGAGCUCCGUGUCCGAGUCUGGCCCCGCGCUCCCUGUUCCCACACCUCCGGCGACGCCUCCCAACGAUGCAAGGUCUUCUACCUCGAGUCAGGUUACCACGCCCACCGCUGGGCCUGUGCCUGUGGUUAGGCCAGCAUCCCCUCCCGUUCAGGAAGAAUCGUCGAAACACCUUCGCUUCUCAAUGCUGCGAUUCCGCAAUGCUUCAGACUCCCAGCUUGCAGCCAAGGCCAAGCAAUACGCUGCUGCGGAGAAGCCACCGCCCCUCCCCCGACCUCCCGAGAUCAUCACCACUGCCCCCACGUUCAACCUCAACGUACCCCAGAAAAAACAGUCUCGCAUGAGACUAUCCAGCCGGUUUCGACGGUCUGGCGAAGAGCCGAGCAUCGCAGAACAGCCCGAGGCUUCAAACAGACCCGGACUGGGCAAAAAAGAUAGGCGGAGUUCAAUGGCUCUUCCCUCAACGGCAAGGAAGCAAAGCGUCACAUUCAACGAACCAAAACGACCUCCGUCGUCUAGUUCUCCUCCAGCCUACGGGGAGGAUAAUGGCUCUGUAUUGGCAUUGCCUGUUAAUAAUCGACUGUCCGAGUCUUCCAGGUCCGACGGUAGCUCCAGUGAUCAGCGAGUCUACGCAAGCACUACCACUACCACUCAUACUGUCCACACAACCACGACAUUCUUUAGGCUUCCACGCAGGAAGAACAAGCGACCUGAGCCCCUAUUUCCCAUCUCUCACCUUCCUCAGAAGCCUAAGACAUCCCUCACAGCCGAUCCUUCAGCCUCGAGCUCGUCUCUCACCGCAUCCACAACAACCGAAUCUUCCCCAGGCAAUGGCGAUGGCUCGCCUUCUAAAUCCGGAUCCCAGCAGACGCCUACCCCUUCUCGCCCCUCUUCCGGCAAUGGAGCGAACAACCUCCCAGCCAAUUCUCCUGUACAGGUGACUUUCACAAAGGCCAGCGUAUCUCCCAUGACUGCACUGUUGAGGCCCAGUUCGAGGAACUCGGGGCACUCAUCGCCGACGAGAACGCAUCUACGUCUUAGAGGGAGGUCGUCGACCAUGAGCUCUCUUGGCAUGAAUUCUCCUAGGGAGUCGGUAGACGAGCAUCUUGCACCCCCCGUGUCAAGAACGUCCUCUUCGAUCGGAAGGAAGAGCUUCGGUGACCUGUUGAGCCUCAGCAGGUUGAGGCAGAAUUCGGAGCCGUCUGGCCGAGGGGGUUCGCUGACUCCAGCAACACCGGGCUCCAGCACGAGCAAGAACAACUCUCUCCAGAUUGCCCGUGAACCGGUCAUACUUCCCGAGCGGAGGGAAGACGAUACCCCCGCCAAAUACCUUGCUCGUCUAGAGGAUGUUGUCAGCCGGAGCGUGAUAGCAGCAGCUGUCUCGAAGGGUUCAGACACCUUCUCUCAAGCUGUGCUACGCAGCUAUAUGCGAAGGUUUGGCUUCUUCGGGGAGCCCAUGGAUAUAGCCAUCCGGAAGCUGCUCAUGGAAGCCGAGCUCCCCAAGGAGACGCAGCAUAUUGAUCGAUUUUUACAGUCGUUUGCGGAUCGGUACCACGAAUGCAACCCUGGCAUCUACUCGUCGCCCGAUCAGGCGUAUUUUAUUGCCUUUUCAUUGCUGAUUCUGCACACCGACGUGUUCAACAAGAACAAUAAACGCAAGAUGCAGAAAGCGGACUACCUGAAGAACACCCAGGAUGAGGGAAUCUUUAACGAGAUACUCGAAGUUUUCUACGACAACAUCACCUACACGCCGUUCAUCCACGUCGAGGACGACUUCGAUAUAAACGGCGAGCGCAUAGUUGCCCACAAGUCCAAGAGAAAGUCCAUUUUCCCAACCGCCGUGCCAGACCCGGUGAAGAAGGCCGCGAAGGAGCCAAUCGACCCGUACACGCUCAUCAUUGAUGGCAGUCUGGACAUACUGCGGCCCAAUCUCAAGGAGGUGAUGCACUUGGAGGACCCUUACAGUUACCUGGGGACUGCGGGGAGCCUCAAUAUGAAGGAGCUACAGAAAACCUUCUUCAAGACUGGGAUCCUGCAAAUCGUGUCAGCCAGGUCCCGUCCGGACGCAUUCAUGUCUGAAAAGACGGCGACAAACCCAGCCGAGGCGCACCCGGGAAUUGUGGACAUCAAAAUCACCAAGGUGGGCGUCUUGUGGCGGAAGGAUGUCAAGAAAAAGAAGACUCGGUCGCCGUGGCAGGAAUGGGGCGCGAUCCUCACCGGUGCUCAGCUCUACUUCUUCCGCAACACGACCUGGAUAAAGAGCCUAGUCCAUCAGCACGAGACUCACAUCAAGCAAGGCCAUGACGGUAUUCCCAUCAUCUUCAAGCCUCCCCUCGAGCAAUUCAAGCCCGAUGCUUUGAUGUCCACAGACGGAGCAGUGGCGUUGUUGGACUCGACCUACAAGAAGCACAAGCAUGCGUUUACGUAUGUAAGGCACGGAGGUAUUGAGGAAGUCCUUCUCGCAGAUAACGAGGAGGAGAUGAACGAUUGGCUCGCCAAGCUCAACUACGCGGCUGCAUUCAGGACGUCGGGAGUGAGGAUGAGAGGAGUAAUAGGCGGCGGCUACGACGGUCAAGGUCGACGCGCCCUCAGGAGAUUGGACACGGAGAUCGAAGGCAUCCAGACCCCUACCGGAGAGGUAAGCGUGGCACGGAGCAAGAUAGACUACAACUUGGCUCAGGACAUCCUCUCUGCGCGGAGAGAAAUCAUGAGACAGAAGAUUUGUGAUGCCGACGAAAAGCUGGAGGAUUCGGAGAAUCAUCUUGAGCUACAGUUGCGGAAUUCCCGGCAUUUGCAGAUCCUGGCCCCUAUCCACCCCAAGACCAGGGAGGGUAUGCUACUCUCUGCAGCUCGGAUGGCGGCCCAGCUGAAGUGGACUCGGAUGGAAAUCUGGAGGUUGAAGUGCCACCGAGACAUACUUGUUAUGGACCUCGAGGAAGAGCGGCAGUCGUUGGGCUUGCCGAAGGAGGACAAUGCCCAGGAGGCUGGGCCCUCCCUGGAGAAAUCAGCCAUUGCACGAGAUGAACCGAGAGCAAGCGACAACGCUGCUCUCCAGAGAAGCCCGCGGCGGUCGUCCAUCCGUCUCUCCUUCACACGGGACGCGAGUCUAGCUGAUAUGUCAGAUACGGAGUCACCCAUGACGGAUGUAUUCCAGACGCCGCCGACAAGUGCUACCGCGCCGAUUUUCCGAGAGCAUCAGAACUUGUGGGAGACAGCAGGUCUCAGUGUUGACAAGGUAGACGCUCGAAAAGCAUCUGCCUCCAGCGCUAUGGCUUCGAGCCAUUCCACCACGGCAACACCUCCGAGAAAGAUCGCAACUUCGAGCUCCAACCCCGAGAGACCUCGUACCAUGGAACAGUCUGAAGAGGUCGACGCAAAUGAGCGAGACUUGCUUGAGCAGGCCGGACUUCUUGACGCAGACAUGACCCCUCGGCCGACGCGUGCCAAGUCCUCUGCUGGUGACGCCGAGGAUGGACAGGACCGCAGAGAACGCCAGAACAAUGCCAGCCAUUCCGACCGGCUAGACCGUAGCAAGAUUCGCCGCAGCUUACAGCGUACCCUUAGGGAGGGUGCCGGCCACUUAUCCCACCAUCGCAGCCGCAAAGGCCGGGAUUCGGUGUCCAGCGGCGCAACCGAUGAGACGGUUCGCGACUCUGCCGACGUCCUCACACGUGGAUCAGGCUCCUUCGUCGUACACGGCAAGAAAGCAUCCGUCAUUAACUUUGGCGCUGAGCUUCAAAGUAUGUCUCCCGAGGAGCGGAUUCGCCAGAGGAACAGGUCCUUGCAGGCCACGCAGUUGCGGGACGACGCCGCCAGUUCCACUGAAAGUGGUCCUGCGAGUGACGGUGGAAGCGAUUUCCACUCCAUCCUCACAGCGCAGGUCCAUUCCGACAGGGAGCGUGACCGUCGCGAAUCAGGUGCCAGUGCAAGCACAACAACCGCACGGAGCUUCCGGGAACUCCACAGGAAGUACUCGUCUGCCAAGGCGGCUCCUAGCGGGACCCUGGCUGUCCCAUCAGACACAGACAGCGAAGUGGCCGUGAGCUUCUCGGAGGGCAUACGUACACCCCUACCUCCUAUCCAGGGAGAGUCUGAGUCCGUGACCGGCGAUGACGAUCGGGACAGCGAUGACAGCGGGGAGGAUGAUGUCGAAGACGACGACGAUGACGACUACGAUACCUCUAGUGCGGACCAAUUGCGCAGCCCGCAUGAGACACAGUUCUUCACGCCGGAACCGCCUGCUUCGCCUGCAGCGGGAAGCUCGGCGGACCGGGAAGAAGCGGAAGGGCACCCCCAAGUCAAAGGUGGAGAGCGACUACCGAGUCCACCUCUCCAGGCCGUAAGUGCUUAG